AUUCAUAUUUUAUCUUCGCUUUAGUUUCUGGAUGCUGAUUUAUUAUCAUUUAUUUAUUUUCCAUAAACAGAUUCGUCACGUUUCACACUUUUUGCUCCAAAAUUCCACUUCCGGUCCAGAGCUCUGCGGUUUGAGUUUAACUGACCCGGUUUAAACUGAACCAGGCUCGUUCCUCUGGACCGAAACGGGACCACCCGGUUCAUCUCGGACCGGAGCUUCAUUCGGCUCUCCUUCGGGAUCGGGACGUGGAGCUGGACUCCGGUAGACUGGGACUCCGACAGAAACUAGUCCCGCAGGAAUGCGCGCGUGAGCCGAACCGCGGCUCGUGCUCCUCUGCGGCGGGAACGAGCGCUCUGCGGCGGGGAGAGGCGUCUUCUGCCCGGCGCAACACUAUCCUUACGGCUCGGAGCAACAAUAGAGAGGAGGAGGAGGGGCAGCUUCCUCACAGCGGAAGGAGACGACGGAUCUCCUGCAGGACAAUGUGAGGCUCGACCGGAUCAUGGACGCGGGGGCCGUUUGACGCCGUGUUUGAGGCUCGAUCUCUGCACACAGACGACCGAUCGGGAGAUCCGCGAGUUCGAUUCCCGGAGGAAGGAGCGGCGGAGCGGCCGAUGGGAGCAGCCCGCUGAGGGGCCGCGGCUCUGGGCCGAGAGGCGGAGGAAGAUGGGUGUCGCGCUGCGGAGCCUGUUGUUGUGCUCGCUGUGGCUCCUCGUUCGAGGCGUGCCCCUGCUGCUCUACGCUAACCGGCGUGACCUCCGCCUCGUGGACGCGGCGGCGGCGGCGGCCAACGCCACGGUGGUGGUGGGCGGGCUGGAGGACGCGGCGGCCGUGGACUACGUGUAGUACGCCCAGGGCCUCAUCUACUGGAGCGACGUGAGCGAGGAGGCCAUCAAGCGCACCGUGUUCAACCAAUCGGGGGCCGGCGCCGUGCAGACCGUGGUGCCCGGCCUGGCCUCCCCCGACGGGCUGGCCUGCGACUGGCUGGGCAGCAAACUGUACUGGACCGACUCGGAGACCAACCGCAUCGAGGUGGCCGAGCUGGACGGGUCCCUGAGGAAGGUUCUGUUCUGGCAGGAGCUGGACCAGCCGAGGGCCAUCGCCCUGGACCCGGAACGAGGGUUCUGGAUAGUUAUUACAGUGGUGCCGUGUCCCUGCUCCCAUGACAACGGUGGCUGCUCCCACCUGUGCCUGCUGGCCCCCGUGGAGCCGUCCUAUCGGUGCGCCUGUCCCACCGGAGUCCAGCUGCUGGGGGACGGCAAGACCUGCAGAGACGGUGCGACUCAGAUGCUGCUGCUGGCCCGGCGCACCGACCUGCGCCGCAUCUCUCUGGACACGCCGGACUUCACGGACGCCGUGCUGCCGCUGGACGACGUGCGGCACGCCAUCGCCAUCGACUACGACCCGGUGGACGGGCUGGUGUACUGGACGGACGACGACGUGAAGGCCGUGCGGCGCUCGCGGCUCGACGGCAGCGAGUCGCAGUUCGUGGUCACGUCGCAGGUCAACCACCCCGACGGCAUCGCCGUGGACUGGAUCGCCCGGAACCUGUACUGGACCGACACCGGCACGGACCGCAUCGAGGUGACCCGGCUCAACGGGACCAUGAGGAAGAUCCUGAUCUCAGAGGACCUGGACGAGCCCAGAGCCAUCGUGCUGGACCCCGUGGCCGGCUACAUGUACUGGACGGAUUGGGGCGAGGUCCCUAAGAUCGAGCGGGCCGAGCUGGACGGGCUGCAGCGCGUGGUUCUGGUCAACACGUCUCUGGGCUGGCCCAACGGCCUGGCCCUGGACUACGAGGACCGCCGGCUGUACUGGGGGGACGCCAAGACGGACCGGAUCGAGGUGAUGGCCCUGGACGGGUCUGGCCGCCGUGUCCUGCUGGAGGACAAGCUGCCGCACAUCUUCGGCUUCACGCUGCUGGGCGACUUCAUCUACUGGACGGACUGGCAGCGGCGCAGCAUCGAGCGCGUGCACAAGGCCACGGCUGCGAGGGAGGUCCUCGUGGACCAGCUGCCCGACCUCAUGGGCCUGAAGGCCGCCUACGUGCACCAGACCUUCGGUACCAACCCGUGUGCCGAGAGCAACGGCGGCUGCAGCCACCUGUGCCUGUACCGGCCUCAGGGGGUCCAGUGCGGCUGCCCCGUGGGCCUGGAGCUGGUGGCCGACAUGCGGACCUGCAUCGUGCCCGAGGCCUUCCUGCUGUUCUCGCGCCACACCGACAUCCGCCGCAUCUCCCUGGAGACCAACAACAACAACGUGGCCAUCCCGCUCACCGGCGUCAAGGAGGCCUCGGCGCUCGACUUCGACGUCACCGACAACCGGAUCUACUGGACCGACAUCACGCUGAAGACCAUCAGCCGCGCCUUCAUGAACGGCAGCGCCCUGGAGCACGUGGUGGAGUUCGGUCUGGACUACCCGGAGGGGAUGGCGGUGGACUGGCUGGGGAAGAACCUGUACUGGGCCGACACCGGCACCAACCGCAUCGAGGUGGCCAAGCUGGACGGACAGCACCGGCAGGUCCUGGUCUGGAAGGACCUGGACAGCCCUCGAGCGCUGGCCCUGGACCCGGCUGAAGGGUACAUGUACUGGACCGAGUGGGGCGGGAAGCCCAAGAUCGACCGCGCGGCGAUGGACGGGACGGGCCGCCUCACGCUGGUGGCCGACGUGGGCCGAGCCAACGGGCUCACCAUCGACUACGCGGAGCGGCGCCUCUACUGGACGGACCUGGACACGACGCUCAUCGAGUCCGCCAACAUGCUGGGUCAGGACCGCGAGGUGAUAGCAGACGACCUGCCCCACCCCUUCGGCCUGACCCAGUACCAGGACUACAUCUACUGGACCGACUGGAGCCAGCGCAGCAUCGAGCGGGCCAACAAGACCAGCGGCCAGAACCGGACCGUGAUUCAGGGACACCUGGACUACGUGAUGGACAUCCUGGUGUUCCACUCGUCCCGCCAGGGUGGCUGGAACGCCUGCGCCGCCACCAACGGCCACUGCUCACACCUCUGCCUGGCUGUGCCAAUCACAGGCUUCGUCUGCGGAUGCCCCGCCCACUUCUCCCUCAACCCCGACAACAAGACCUGCAGCGCCCCCACCUCCUUCCUGCUGUUCAGCCAGAAGACGGCCAUCAACCGCAUGGUGAUGGACGAGCAGCAGAGCCCCGACAUCAUCCUGCCCAUCCACAGCCUGAGGAGCGUCCGGGCGCUGGACUACGACCCGCUGGACCGCCAGCUGUACUGGAUCGACUCCAAGCAGAACCUGAUCCGCCGUGCCCAGGAGGACGGGAACCAGAGUACCACGGUGGUCUCCAGCUCCCUGGGGGGGCCCAGCCAGGGCCUGCAGCUGUACGACCUGAGCAUCGACAUCUACAGCCGCUUCAUCUACUGGACCAGCGAGGUCACCAACGUCAUCAACGUCACGCGCACCGACGGCAGCCGGGUGGGGGUGGUGCUGAGGGGGGAGCACGACAAGCCCCGCGCCAUCGUGGUCAACCCGGAGAGAGGGUACAUGUACUUCACCAACCUGCUGGAGCGCUCCCCAAAGAUCGAGCGCGCGGCGCUGGACGGGACGGAGCGCGAGGUUCUGUUCUUCAGCGGCCUGGGGAAGCCCGUGGCGCUGGCCAUCGACAACCAGCUGGGGAAGCUGUUCUGGGCGGACUCGGACCUGCGGCGCAUCGAGAGCAGCGACCUGUCGGGAGCCAAUCGCAUCGUGAUGGCCGACUCCAACAUCCUGCAGCCGGUGGGCCUGACGGUGUUCGGGGACCACCUGUACUGGAUCGACAAGCAGCAGCAGAUGAUCGAGAGGAUCCACAAGACCAGCAGGGAGGGAGCACAGGAUCAGGGCCGCAUGAGCAUAGAGCUGGGGGGCAUCCACGCGGUGCACGAGCUGGACAUGAGGGAGUACAGUAAACACCCGUGUACCUGGGAUAACGGCGGCUGCUCCCACAUCUGCCUCGUGAAGGGCGACGGGACGACCCGCUGCUCGUGUCCCGUCCACCUGGUGCUGCUGCAGGACGAGCUCUCCUGUGGAGAGCCCCCCACCUGCUCCCCGGAGCAGUUCUCGUGCUCCUCCGGCGAGGUGGACUGCAUCCCCGAGGCGUGGCGCUGCGACGGCUACGCCGAGUGCGACGACGGCAGCGACGAGGCGGCCUGCCCGCUGUGCUCGGGGGCGGAGUUUCAAUGUGACAGCCGGCAGUGUGUGAGCGCCGCGCUGCGCUGCGACGGGGCGGCGGACUGCCAGGACCGGUCCGACGAGGGCCGCUGUGAGGUCCGCUGCCCUCCAGACCAGUUCUCCUGCUCUAGCGGUCAGUGCAUCGGGAAGCACAAGAAGUGUGACCACAACACGGACUGCACAGACAACUCUGACGAGAUCGGCUGCUACCCGACGGAGGAGCCCCCGCCCCCCUCCUCCCACGCCGUGGGCUCAGUUGUGGGCGUGGUUCUGGCGCUGCUGCUGGUGGGCGCCGUGUACUUCGUGUGCCGGCGCGUCCUCUGCCCUCGGCUGAAGGACGACGGCGAGACGGCGGCCACCGACUUCGCGGCCCACGGGCCGGCGCCGCUGCCGCUGGGCUACGUGCCGCAGCCCGGCUCGCUGCCGGGCAUGUCCAGGGGGAAGUCCGUGAUUGGCUCCCUCAGCAUCGUGGGCGGGAGCGGCGGGCCGCCGUACGACCGCGCCCACGUCACGGGGGCGUCGUCCAGCAGCUCGUCCAGCACCAAGGGGACGUACUUCCCCCCGGUGCUGAACCCUCCUCCCUCUCCAGCGACGGUUCGCUCUCAGUACACGAUGGAGUUCGGUUACUCCUCCAACAGCCCCUCAACACAGAGGUCCUACAGCUACCGUCCCUACACUUACCGACACUUUGCCCCGCCCACCACGCCCUGCAGCACCGACGUGUGCGACAGCGACUACACGCCGGGCCUCCGGGCUCCGCCCACAUCCGGCGCCGCCCGAGGAUACGGCAGCGACCCGCAGUACGACUCGGAGCCGUUCCCGCCGCCGCCCACGCCGCGCAGCCAGUACCUGUCGGCGGAGGAGAACUGUGAGAGCUGCCCGCCGUCGCCCUUCACGGAGCGCAGCUACGCCCACCACCUGUACCCGCCGCCGCCAUCGCCCUGCACCGACUCCUCCUGAGCCCCGCCCCCUGGACCGGAGGAGCGCCAUCGCCCUCCUGAGCCCCGCCCCCUGGACCGGAGGAGCGCCAUCGCCCUCCUGAGCCCCGCCCCCUGUACAUAAGGAGCCGAGGAGGAGGAGGACAUUGUACAUUGACAAAGAGCAUAUUUAUAUAUUUUCUAUACAGCGUUUAAUGAUGAUGUCAUAGAGGUUUGUAUUCAGACAUUUGUACAUUUUUUUAAGAAAAGGUUUUAUUAAAAUCAUCAUGAAUAUAAGUUGCCUUGGAGGAGGAGGAGGAGGAGGCUGUAGUUACAUGUAAAAUGGAAAAAAGGCUGCGUGACAACAUGGUACUUUACAUGUGACCCUGUCAUGUGACCCCGUCAUGUGACCCUGACACUUCUCAAUGUUUUGGAUGUUUUUUCCUCUCGUUUUUCUUCUGAAGACAAUACUCCUCUUGUUGUUGUUGUUGUUGUUUGUCCUUCAGGGCCUCCGUACGCUCCACUGAAGGAGACGCAUCGAGCGUCAUGUGACCGGGGUCCUCCGGUGUUGCGUUUCUUUAGUUCCCCCUGAACACGACCGCGUGCCUUCAGUUCCACGUCACGUUGUCUAAUAGAUGUUCUCUAAGGAACCCUCAACAGAACCCUCAACAGAACCAGAACCCACUCGAUGAUCCAGAGUAUUUUUGUACCACAUGUUGUGUAGAUAUCGUAUUUAUAACUCAGAAGUUGUUCUUCAUCGCUUCAUUCCCUCGUCUUCAGAUUCACUCUUUAUACUUCAAACGUUCAGCGACAAUCAGAACCAUGUAGACGACGGAACCGUGCAGACGACGGAACCGUGCAGACAGAACCGUGCAGACAACAACCGUGCAGACAACAGAACCGUGCAGACAACGGAACCGUGUAGACAACAGAACCGUGCAGACAACGGAACCGUGUAGACAACAGAACCGUGUUUUAAUCUGUGCCUAACGAUCUGUUGGCUCGGAGGUCAAAGGUCAACGAUCCAUUUCUUUUUUUUGCUUCUCGUGAGUCGACGCUUUCUAACUUCCUGUUGUCUCCGUUUAACGUCCUGUUUGGAUGUUUUUUAGCUUCCUGUUUGGAUGGUUUUAACUUCCUGUUGGAUGUUUUUUAACUUCCUGUUGGAACGUUUUCACGUUUGUUGUUACCAGCAUGAAUCUGACAAUCUUAAUGUUUACACGUUAAUUUCUUUAAUGACAUAAAAACGUCGUCGGUCUUCAUGAGAUGUUUUAAUUUAAAGAAACCGGUGAAAUAAUCUGAGAAGGUAAUUAUGAAUAAAAAUCAGUCAAAGUAUCAGUGAGCUGGUUAUUGUUCUAUAUUUAAAUAAAACUGUAUUAACAAAG